AAGUCUUGUUACAUGUUUAUCUAUUUAGAAUUGCAUAAGUAUCCACUACAACCUCACUUUUAUCUUGGCUUCAUUGUAAUGUGACUCACUGAAGGGACGUCAGGGCAUGUUCAGAGACGAGAUAAAAAAACGUCCCAGUCGGGAAAGGAAUAUUUAGAAGAAGUCAGAAAGUGAGGGGGCGAUGCACAUGAUAGUGAAUGUAGUGGAGAAGCGCACAUCUCGGUGGGUGUUUUUGCGUUAUUUCUUCAGAAAAGACGCUCUCCAAUGGAAAGCAACGCGACUGAAGAUCUUAUGUUGUCACAGGGCAUGGAUUUAAGUAGAGUUCUGGUAGUAGUCUUCAGCAUGGUUGCCUCUGAACUGUCUAGCGUUCAAACUAGACCAAUUGACUUUGUGUGCGACAGCGAGGCCAGAAGAGUGAUGAACAAAGUGAAGGACUUACAAGAGGAAAUGAAAGUCUGCGGUGCUGUAGAUGCUCUACCCUCUUCUAUUCAAUUACAAUGCGUCGGCAUUCACAAACCAACCUGGGAGAGAAAAUCAGUGCAUGAGUGGAGGGCUGAGAUCCUGCUGUCUUUGGGGACUCUAGCGCAGGAUGUGCGGUCUGCCAGGACGCUCAGCCAACCUGGCUGUAGACUCAAUUUGCUAGAGCGCUUGGAGCGCAGUAUCAACAACUACCUGCAUGUAGUCAGACUACUCCACAUUGAGGGGGAGCAAGUAGUGCCCCAGACAGAGAGAUGUCUGGGCCAGCCCUCUAAGGAUUUGGGUUUGGUGUUGAAGAACUUUGGGAGACUUCUCACAGGCAAGUUGGAGUGGCUCAUUGCUGAGAUGGCAAAAGGGUGCUAGACUGAAAAGCUGACUUCUAAUUUCGGCCUUUCUUCAACCUUGUGUAAUGGGACCAGAUAGGCCCAAUCCAUUUUAACGAUGGAGGGCCAUGCACUUUGCCGGAGACCACAGAAGAGAAAGUACACUUACAGAAGAAAAAGUACAUGAUACGUAAACGACAAGACUCUGCCAUCUACUGGAUCAUAGCUGAACUGACUCACCUGUUGACAUGCACCCACUAGAAUUUUUAAAACAUACAAACUGUUCUGAACUGAAAACUGGUGAGUCCUAAAUGUUUUUAUACCACAGAUUAUAUUUAUUUAUUUUAUAGGUUGCAUUAAAGUUGAAUUAACUCUACAUGGUGUGAUAGCACAUGGAAAACAACCUGAAGACAAUAAAAAGGCCAGAAUGUAUGACUUUAUCUAUACACUCCAAGUUAUAAUUAUGGGAUAUUUUUGCAUAUCAUAUAUUUUGUAUAAAAAUAGUAUUUACAAUAUUUCAUUAAAAAAAGGAAAAAAUAUCAUUUAUACAAUAUUUUUAUUAAAUUGAAACACUGAUGCAUUAAAACAAAACAGUAUAAAUAAACAGUGCACAAUGUGAAAAUAUGUAAUAUUUAAAUCACUAAAUCUAUUCUCUUUUUAAUAUAUGAUGUCUUCUUUUGUAAUGUCUUUUGUACAUAUCUAAACUAAAGUGGAUUUAAUUGUGGAAGACAUAUACACUGCCAUUCUAAAGUUUGGGGUCAGUAAGAUUUUUUUUAAAAGUUAUUACUUUUUAUCCAGCAAGUACACAUUCAAUUGAUCAAAAUUGACAGUAAAGACAUUAUAUUAUGAUGUUACAAAAGAUUUCUAUUACAAAUAAAUGCUGUUGUUUUGAACUUGAACUAUUCAUCAAAGAGUCCUGAAAAUGUAUCAC